CGGCGUCCCGUAAUGGCGGCGGCGGGAAGCGGAGGGCGGCCAUGGUGCGGAUCACUGAAGAUCUUGUUAGAAGACGUGCAGAACAUAAUAACUGUGAAAUUUUUUCACUGGAAGAAAUCUCUUUACAUCAGCAGGAAAUAGAAAAACUAGAGUAUCUUGACAAAUGGUGCCGAGAUUUAAAAAUUCUCUAUCUUCAGAAUAAUCUAAUUCCAAAAAUUGAAAAUGUGAGCAAACUAAAGAAGCUGGAAUAUUUAAAUGUAGCUUUGAACAACAUUGAAAGAAUUGAAAAUCUGGAAGGCUGUGAAGAACUAAAGAAACUUGACCUGACAGCAAAUUUCAUUGGUGAACUCUCCAGUAUUGAAGCCCUAAAAUAUAAUAUACAUCUGAAGGAACUGUUUCUAGUGGGUAACCCAUGUACUGAAUUUGAAGGUUAUAGACAAUUUGUAGUGGCAACUCUUCAUCAAUUAAAAUGUUUGGAUAGUAAAGAAAUAGAACGUUCAGAGAGGAUUCAAGCACUUCAAAACUAUCCAGAAGUGAAACAGAAAAUCAGAGAACAGGAGCAAGCUUACCUUCUCAAAAGAGCCGGAGAAAAAGAAGAGGCUCAAAGAAGGAUGCAAGAAAGAAAGGACAAGAAACAAAAACAAAUGGAAUCUAAUAUUGGAUUUGACAGCUCAAACUCUCUACAGAACAAAGAAAACCAUCAGGCAGAAGGAGAUGGAGAACAAGAAACGUGGAGAAGAGUUGAUGAUGAUGAAGAAGACAGAAGAUUUUGGGAGGAGCCUACACCAUAUACUCCAGAAUCGAGAUUAGAAACUCACAGAUAUAUUGAAGAAAAACGGAGAGCUAAAGACAAUAUAAGGGAAUCAAAGAAGAGAGAGAAGCCUCUUCAGACGUUGGUCACUGCAGAAGGAAAAGUUCUGAAUGUGAAUGUGCCUAAGCUUCAUUUCUCUUUGAAAGAUGAUGAAGAAAACAACCAGAUCAUCUUGGAUCUUGCUGUUUACAGACAUUUGGACACUUCUCUGCUCAAUGUUGAUGUCCAGCCAACUUACAUACGAGUACUGGUGAAAGGAAAGCCAUUUCAGUUUGUGCUACCUGAGGAAGUGAAACCAGACAGCAGCUCUGCUAAAAGAUCACAAACAACUGGUCAUUUAGUUGUCACCAUGCCAAAGGCUAAAGAAAUAAUCCUGGCUAAGCAAAAAGUAUCGACUUCAAUUAAACAUUCUGACUGCAAUACACUGCAAAAAAAUGCAAGGAGCGGACAAGCUGAGAAAUUAGAAGUGGAUCCUAGUAAAUAUUCAUUCCCUGAUGUGACAAAGAUAAUCCAAGAAAAGGGACGAAUUGGACAAGGACCUAUCAGGCUACAACCAGAGAAGAUUACAGAGACUAAGAAGAGUUAUGUUGAUUUUGAAAACAAUGAAGAUGUUCCUCCCUUAAUUUGAAACAUUCUUAAAUAAUUCCUUUAUAUGUGGCGUGUAUGUUUGAGUUGUUUUCAUGACCCUAUGUGUAGAGUAGGUAUAAUAUAGCUGAAGUUGGAAAUAGUAUUACAUUUCUCUUUUACUAGAUUAUUUACUUAAGUAAGUCUCAAAUCAGAAUGGAAGCCAUAUAAGUCAGACAUUGACAUUUCUUCAAAGAUUAUACUGUCUAGCUUGAAAGAUGACAUAUUACUGUAGAAAAAGAGAGAAGGAAGGAAGAAAGCACUUGUAACAAGUUUUAUGAUUAUUCUCAGUAAACUGAAGAUAACAAAAAUCUCUA